CACAAGAAAAGCAUCUCUGAAAUUGCAGCAGAUGUGGAAGAAAUGAAUAAUGAGUAUCACAUAAAUGAUAGUGGCCUGGACAGUGAAGGAGGAAUCUGACAUGCAGGCUCGCUGUAUUUGGCACAUAACUCCUGUCAGAUGAUGGACCUUCAACAGUGUAAGACUGGAAACACCUGGACUGAAUGGACUUUAGCAUCAAAAGAAGUUCUCAACUGUUAACUCAAAAAAUUAACUACAUCAAAAUGAAGCAGGUACCAGAGAUCCUUGGAAAUACCAAUGGGAAAACUCAGAAUUGCGAAGUGAAUCGUGAGUGUUCCGUCUACUUGGGCAAAGCACAACUUUCUGCCACUCUACAGGAAGGUGUCAUGCAAAAAUACAACGGCCACGAUGCCCUUCCCUUUAUUCCAGCUGAUAAAUUGAAAGAUCUAACCUCUCGUGUGUUUAAUGGCGAAUCUGGAGCCCAAGAUGCCAAGCUGCGUUUUGAGCCCCAGGAAAUAAAAGGAGUUGGAACACCACCCAACACUACUCCCAUCAAGAAUGGCUCUCCAGAGAUUAAGCUGAAAAUCACUAAAACCUACAUGAAUGGGAAGCCACUCUUUGAAUCUUCAAUUUGUGGAGACAAUGGUGCAGAUGUGUCUCAAUCAGAAGAAAAUGAACAGAAGCCGGCAAAUAAAGAGAGGAGAAACAGAAAAAGAAGCAUAAAAUACGACUCCUUACUUGAGCAGGGUCUUGUUGAAGCAGCAUUAGUAUCAAAAACUUCAAGCCCUACUGAAAAGAAGGCUCCUGCUAAGAAAGAUUCUACUCAAAGUACUGUCAAAGAAGACAAAGUCCAUCUGUUGAAGUAUAAUAUUGGAGAUCUAGUGUGGUCCAAGGUGUCUGGUUUUCCGUGGUGGCCAUGUAUGGUUUCUGCUGAUCCUGUUCUUCAUUCCUACACUAAACUAAAAGGGCAGAAAAAGAGUUUUCGUCAAUACCACGUUCAGUUUUUUGGAGAUGCCCCAGAGCGAGCCUGGAUAUUUGAGAAGAGCCUUGUGCCUUUCAAAGAAAAAGACCAGUUUGAACAAUUGUGCCAGGAAAGUGCAAAACAAGCCCUCACUAAAGCAGAGAAAAUAAAGGUGGUUGCUGAACAUCCAGAUGCUUCAAGUGAUGAGAUUGAAGAACUGCUUGAAUCGCAGUGGAACAUGCUUAGUGAAAAACAGAAAGCUCGCUAUAACACAAAGUUUGCCAUAGUGACCUCUCCCAAAUCUGAAGAAGACUCUGGUUCAUCAUUGAAGAAUAUUGGAGAGGCCAAACGUAAAGUGUUUCAAGACUCACCUAAAAGGAGAUCAAGAUCCAGAAGUAACUUACAUGGAAAUAAAAGAAACCAAAAAAAGAGGACAAAGGAACCUACAGAAGAUUUUGAAGUUCAGGAACCACCUAGGAAAAGACUCAGGAUGGAUAAACAGAAUAAUCGGAAGAGGGAGACAAGCAAUGACAAAACAGCAAAAACAAACUCUACUAAGGUCACAGAAACCUCCUCUUCACAAAAGAACCAGUCAGCAACGAAAAAUCUGUCUGAUGCAUGUAAACCUCUGAAGAAGCGAAAUCGGGCUUCAGCUGCAGAAUCUUCAACUCUUGCUUUUAGCAAGAGUUCAUCUCCUUCAGCUUCCUUAACUGAGAAUGAGAUCUCCGAUGGUCAAGGGGAUGAGCGAUCCGAGUCUCCCUAUGAAAGCGCUGAUGAAACUCAGACAGAAGUGUCUAUAUCUUCCAAAAAAUCUGAGCGAGGAGCAGGAACAAAAAAAGAAUAUGUGUGUCAGCUUUGUGAAAAAACAGGUGAUCUCCUACUGUGUGAAGGACUUUGCUAUCGAGCUUUUCAUGUAAGCUGCCUUGGGCUCUCUGGAAGACCAUCAGGAAAAUUCAUUUGUAGUGAGUGUACAUCAGGUGUGCAUACCUGCUUUGUGUGUAAAGAGCCAAAAGCGGAUGUGAAACGCUGCGUCGUGUCCCACUGUGGAAAAUUCUACCACGAAGCUUGUGUGAAAAAAUUUCACUUGACUGUGUUUGAGAACAGGGGCUUUCGAUGUCCGCUCCACAGCUGCCUAAGUUGUCAUGUUAGUAACCCUUCACAUCCAAGAGUUUCAAAAGGCAAGAUGAUGCGCUGCGUUCGCUGCCCGGUCGCCUACCACGCCGGCGACGUCUGCAUCGCCGCGGGCUGCGCCGUCAUCGCCUCCAACAGCAUCGUCUGCACCAACCACUUCACUGCCACCAAGGGCAAGACCCACCACGCGCACGUCAACGUGAGCUGGUGCUUUGUGUGCUCCAAAGGAGGUAGCUUGUUGUGCUGUGAGUCGUGUCCUGCAGCGUUUCACCCAGACUGCCUAAACAUUGAAAUGCCGGAUGGGAGCUGGUACUGCAACGACUGCAGGGCAGGGAAGAAACUCCAUUUCCAGGACAUUAUUUGGGUUAAGCUGGGAAAUUACAGAUGGUGGCCUGCAGAAGUGUGCCAUCCGAAAAACGUCCCCCCAAAUAUCCAGAAAAUGAAGCAUGAAAUCGGAGAAUUUCCUGUGUUUUUCUUUGGUUCUAAGGAUUACUAUUGGACACACCAAGCGCGUGUGUUCCCGUAUAUGGAGGGAGACCGAGGAAGUAGAUACCAAGGAAUUAAAGGAAUUGGGAAAGUCUUCAAAAAUGCUUUGCAAGAAGCUGAAGCACGAUUCCGAGAAAUAAAGCUUCAGCGAGAAGCCAAAGAAACUCAAGAGAGUGAGCGUAAACCUCCCCCGUACAAGCACAUUAAGGUGAAUAAACCUUGUGGUAAAGUUCAGAUAUACACUGCUGACAUUUCUGAGAUUCCCAAGUGCAACUGCAAACCCACAGACGAAAACCCUUGUGGCUUUGAUUCCGAGUGCCUCAAUCGGAUGCUCAUGUAUGAAUGUCACCCACAAGUUUGUCCAGCAGGAGAACGGUGCCAAAACCAGUGCUUUACAAAACGUCAAUACCCUGAGACCCAGAUCAUCAAAACUGAUGGCAAAGGGUGGGGUCUGGUUGCUAAGAGGGACAUAAAAAAGGGAGAGUUUGUGAACGAGUACGUUGGUGAGCUAAUUGAUGAAGAGGAGUGUAUGGCAAGGAUCAAAUACGCACAUGAAAAUGACAUUACUCACUUCUAUAUGCUCACUAUUGAUAAGGACCGUAUUAUUGAUGCUGGCCCCAAAGGAAACUAUUCUCGUUUUAUGAAUCACAGCUGCCAACCAAAUUGUGAGACUCUAAAAUGGACAGUUAAUGGAGACACUCGUGUCGGCCUGUUUGCCGUGUGUGAUAUUCCUGCAGGGACAGAGCUGACUUUUAAUUACAACCUUGACUGUCUGGGCAAUGAAAAAACAGUCUGCAAAUGUGGUGCCCCAAACUGCAGUGGAUUUCUUGGGGACAGACCAAAGAAUUCUUCCACUAAUGCCUCAGAAGAAAAAGGCAAAAAGACCAAAAAGAGAACAAGGAGACGUAGAAUGAAAAAUGAGGGGAAGAAAGAAUCUGAAGAUGAUUGUUUCCGUUGUGGCGACGGGGGCCAACUGGUGCUGUGUGACAGGAAAUCUUGUACUAAAGCUUAUCAUCUCUCCUGCCUUGGCUUGGUGAAACGUCCUUUCGGAAAGUGGGAGUGUCCGUGGCACCACUGUGAUGUUUGUGGCAAACCUUCCGUUUCCUUUUGCCACUUCUGCCCAAAUUCUUUCUGCAAGGAACACCAAGAUGGGACAGUACUAAAUUCUAUGCUAAAUGGACAGUUAUGCUGCUCUGAACAUGUUCUUGGGGUAGAGUCUGUUGAGACUCAGAAGCCUGAGAAACCCCGCAAAAAACUGAACAAGUUGAAGCCUAAGAGAAAGCAGAGGAACAGAUGGAUGAGAGCUGAAUGCAAAUAGUAAUGGACUGCAGUUUCUACUGCCAACACUAUCCUGUAGAUAAGUUGUGAAUAUGACCAGGGAAGGACACAAUUUUACAUAUAUUCUGUAAAGGUUACGUGGGGGCGGGAGGGCGGGCUUUUUGUUUUAUUUUUUGUUUUAUAAAUCCACUGAGCCAACCACAGCAGUCUCCUGCUGCUUCUGCACUGAUAACGAACUGUGGCAAGCAUAGUUCAGAAAAUUUCAGGACAAACCAAACUUAUUUCUCAGCAUUACAGUUACACUUGAAUUGUUACGAAUGUAAGAGGUUCCCUCCAGUGUUCUUCCAGAUUGGAGGUAGGUUAAAAGCAAACCAGGUAGGCAGAAACAUAGGUUUUGAGAUAGUAUUUGCCAACCAACAGAUGUUUAAAAUAGUAUAUCCUUGAAAGAAGUUAUUAGCUCGCGAGUUUUUAAGUAAAAGAAGGCUUGGUCUGUGGUGCCA